AUGGUGGAUACUUCGGAUACUUCAGAGCUCCAUAUUCAAAUCCCGCAAGAUGUAGGUAAAGCUGUCGAUUUUAAUCCACAUAAAGGCAAACCAGCAUCAAUAAUAGCAUGUUCACCUAAUGGUAAAUAUAUUGCUACAUGGUGUUUUGAAGAUAGGUCAGUUGUUGGCUGGAAAAUUGUUGAUGGUGAAUUGCAGUUAAAGCAUGAAUACAUGAUUUCUGUGGAUAAUACUAUAUAUAAUAAAUGUUCAAAAUUGUAUGUGCACGAAGGUAUUGAUAUUGAUCUGUAUAAGCACAAAGAUAAUAUCCAUAGACACCUUAAGCAGAACUACUCAUCAUUCGUUUCCGUUUCUGAUAAUUUACUUGUAUCUAUGGCAAUUUAUGAAAUUUAUGAAAGCGAAUCUCUUUUUCUUUUUUCGAAAUUUAAAAUUGAAUUGAUUCACAAAUCCACAAUAAAAUUAGACACUAUUGAAAAUAUUGAUUAUAUUUCUAUAACAAUUGCAGGAAAGAUAUUUAUAUAUAAUACAAGUAUAGGAAAUAUUACAAAAUGGGAUAUCAUGACUUUAAAACUUGAGGCAUACUUUUUAUUCAAACCCGAAUGUUAUGAUAAUAGAGAGAUUAAGUUGAGCGAUGAUGAAUUAUUACUAUUUGUGCAUACAUAUGAUAAGCAAAUUAAAAUUGAUGCAGUUUAUCUAAUUGCUUCCAAAAUUGGAGCACGACUUCUUAUAAUAGCUUAUAAUGAAGAAGAUAAAUCAGAAAUUUACAAUUUAAGGGAUCCAUUUACAUUUACAGAACCUGUAGAUGCUCAUAAGUUCUUUGACCAUUCUGAAGAUUCAGAUAUGCAAAUUCAAAUUCAAUAUCCAUUUAUUGUAAAAUCUGAUAAAAUCAUAGGAAUUAAUGAUGAAAAUAUUGAUAAAAAAUUGAUAAUUAAGGAACUAAUACAAGAUAAAAAUAAUUGGAUCACAUUUUUAAGAAAAACAUUGGGAGAUUUCAAUAGAAUUUAUAUGUCAUCAAUUAAAGAACAAAUUAUUAAAUUUCUUGAAGAGAAUAGAAUGGAUUAUGGUUUGCGUUCUGAUAUUGAAGCUUUUAUGUCAGUUACAGAACAAAUUGAUUCUAAACUUAAGAUAUUUGAUGCUUUGACUGGAAAGGCAGUUAAGACUGAAAUGGCAAUUAAUGAGGCAACCAAUAAAAAACCUGAUGCUGAUGAUGCAAAAGUUAUUCUUAGUGAGUCAUUCGAAAAAAAUCUUGUCAAAUGGACUUUACAAUGUUAUAAAACAAGUGAUAUUCUUUUGGCAAAACAUCUCAAAACUGAAAAAGCGUGUUCAAUCUGUAUAAAUGCUUGUUUAGAUUUAGAUUCAAUAAAAGCACAAUUUGUAAUAAGUUGUUGUUGUCUGGAUAAUGAUGCCUUGGUUAUGCUUACAGUAGGACGUGUGUUUAUUUGGACAUUUAGCACAAAAAAAGACAUAUUGUUGAUUUAUACUUGGUGUUUUGAUAGUAAUUACGAAAUAAUUAGCUAUUUCAAAAAUGCAGAUUAUUUUUUACCUCCACCUCAAUAUAUUUAUGGAGAAUCCGCUUUUACGCAACAAGAUGAAACCAAAAGAUUUUUUUUUAGUGAAAUGGUAGAUGAACAUAUUAAUAAUGAAUUUUUUUUAAUUCUUUAUGGAAAAGACAUUAUUAACGAAAAUAAGGACUCGUUAUUGCAAAAGUUAUGCAGUAGUUCCCUUAAGUAUACUUUUGAAAGUGCUGAAG